AUGGCCGACGUCUAUCGACCAUACCAACAGCGUGAGAGAUCUCGGUCGCCCCGUCGUCGUUCUUCUCGCAGCCCCCGACGUAGCCGUCGCUCGUACACUCCUCGCAGUCGCUCUCGCAGCCGUGACGAUUACCGUCGCAGUGAUCGUCGUUCGCGAUCUCCCUUGAGUGCUUCUGGUGCAGCUGGAUCGGGAUCCCCCUACGGUGGACGCAGUGGUUACGCGCCGGGCAGAUCAUUCGACGAUCGUUCAGUCAGCAAAGAAAAUAUGAUGCAAUCCGUUCGCGACUCGUCCCAACAAGACCGUCGGGUCUAUGUUGGUAACCUGGCCUACGACGUCAAGUGGCAUCACCUUAAAGAUUUUAUGAGACAGGCUGGAGAGGUUCUCUUUGCCGAUGUGUUACUUCUUCCGAAUGGAAUGUCGAAGGGAUGCGGGAUUGUGGAGUACGCAACGAGGGAGCAAGCACAAAAUGCAGUCAACUCGCUCAGCAAUCAAAACUUGAUGGGUCGUCUUGUUUAUGUCCGCGAGGACCGUGAAGCCGAGCCCCGUUUCGUCGGUGGCCCCCCACGCGGCGAUUUCGGCGGUGGUGGCCGCGGUGGCUUCGGUGGUGGAUUUGGUGGCGGCCAUGGCGGUCCUCCUGGUGGAGGUGCCCCUGGCCGUCAGCUCUAUGUGUCGAACCUUCCUUUCAACGUGGGAUGGCAAGACUUGAAGGAUCUUUUCCGCCAAGCGGCUCAGCAGGGUGCUGUUAUCCGCGCCGAUGUGCACACCGAUCCCACCGGCCGUCCCAAGGGCUCUGGCAUUGUUGCUUUUGAAUCUCCUGAUGAUGCGCGUAACGCCAUUGCCCAAUUCAACGGAUACGAGUGGCAGGGCCGACCCCUGGAGGUUCGUGAGGAUCGAUUCGCUGGCGGUGGCCCCGGCUUUGGUGGUCGUGGCGGCUUCGGCGGAGGCCGUGGUGGCUUCGGUGGUCCUGGUGGGUUUGGUGGCCGCGGAGGAUUCGGCGGCGGUCGUGGUGGUUACGGCGGUGGCUUCGGUGGCCGCGGCGGUUUUGGUGGUCCUGGUGGUCCCCCUGGCGGUGCUCCUGGCUUCGGUGGUGGUUUCGACCAGGCUGCUGCCUCCGUUCCCCCGAACCCCUUCACCGAUUUUGCUACCUCCGGGGGUGAUAAGAGCGCGAUUAUCUACGUGCGCAACCUUCCGUGGUCCACUUGCAACGACGACCUGAUCGACCUGUUCUCGACCAUUGGUAAGGUUGAGCGGGCUGAGAUCCAGUACGAGCCCAACGGCCGCUCUCGUGGCACUGGUGUCGUCGAGUUUGACACUCCGGACACUGCUGACACUGCCAUCUCCAAGUUCACUGGUUACCAGUACGGUGGUCGCCCCCUGGGCAUCACCUUUGUUAAGUACUUGAACGCUGGACCUGGACCCGAGAUGAUGGAGGAUACGGAGCCUACUGCUGGCAUCACUCAAGAUCAGAUCAUGUAA